AUGUCGCUGUGGCUCCAGCAGGCGCUGCUGGCCUUGCUCCUCCCCACAUUGCUGGCACAGGGAGAAGCCAGGGGGAGGGGGACAGCCCAGGCUCACAGCUUCACCAGGCCGGCUCUGCAGAGGCUGUCCGACCACCUCCUUGCUGACUACAGGAAGGGCGUCCGGCCCGUGCGAGACUGGAGGAAACCCACCACCAUCUCCAUCGAUGUCAUCGUCUAUGCCAUCCUCAGUGUGGAUGAGAAGAAUCAGGUACUGACCACCUACAUCUGGUACCGGCAGUUCUGGGCUGAUGAAUUUCUCCAGUGGAACCCUGAGGACUUUGACAACAUCACCAAGUUGUCCAUUCCCACGGACAGCAUCUGGGUCCCAGACAUUCUCAUCAACGAAUUCGUGGAUGUGGGGAAAUCUCCGAGUAUCCCAUACGUUUAUGUUCAGCAUCAAGGUGAGGUACAGAACUACAAGCCCCUGCAGGUGGUGACUGCCUGUAGCCUCGACAUCUAUAACUUUCCCUUCGAUGUACAGAACUGCUCGCUGACCUUCACCAGCUGGCUGCACAAUAUCCAGGACAUCAACAUCUCCCUGUGGCGCUUGCCGGAGAAAGUGAAGUCUGACAAGAGCGUCUUCAUGAAUCAGGGCGAGUGGGAGUUGCUGGGGGUGCUGACCCAGUUUCUGGAGUUCUGUGACAGGGAAAGCAGGGGCUGCUAUGCAGAAAUGAAGUUCUAUGUGGUCAUCCGCCGGCGGCCCCUAUUCUAUGCAGUCAGCUUGCUGCUGCCCAGUAUUUUCCUCAUGAUCAUGGACAUUGUGGGCUUCUACCUGCCCCCGGAUAGUGGUGAGAGGGUCUCCUUCAAGAUCACACUCCUCCUGGGCUACUCAGUCUUCUUGAUCAUUGUGUCCGACACACUGCCAGCCACUGCCAUCGGCACUCCCCUCAUCGGUGUCUAUUUUGUGGUGUGCAUGGCUCUUCUGGUGAUAAGUUUGGCAGAGACCAUCCUCAUUGUGCGGCUGGUACACAAGCAAGACCUGCAACAGCCUGUUCCUCUCUGGCUGCGGCACCUGGUUCUAGAGAGAAUCGCCCAACUACUCUGCCUAGGAGAGCAGUUAACCUCCCACAGGCCCCCACCCACCUUGCAAGCCACCAAGAUUGAAGACUGCUCAGCCAUGGGAAACCACUGCAGCCAUUUGGGAGGACCCCAAGACUUGGAGAAGACCCCAAGGGGCAGAGGCAGUCCUCCUCCACCACCACAGGAGGCCUCCCUGGCUGUGCGUGGGCUGCUGCAGGAGCUGUCCUCCAUCCGGCACUUCCUGGAGAAGCGGGAUGAGAUCCGGGAGGUGGCCCGGGACUGGCUGCGUGUGGGCUCUGUGCUGGACAAGCUGCUCUUCCGAGUCUACCUGCUGGCAGUGCUGACCUAUAGCAUCACCUUGGUCACACUCUGGUCUAUCUGGCAUUAUUCCUGA